AUGGCCUUCAGCAAAAAGAAACGCCUGACUCCGCAGGAGCUUGCCCGGCUCUGCAGCUUUGCCCACCCCAUGGGCCUCCGCUGCCCCUAUGCCAGAGUCACCUUGACCAGGGACGGCGCCCGCUUCGCCUCGCCCUUUUGCAAGAUCCACUGCUGCAAGAAGAUUGAUAACGGCGCUGCUUGCACGAAUGUGAAGACCAAUAGCCGUGGAUACUGCACCCAGCACCUUCUCUGCACCGGCAUAAUGAACGGUCAACGCUGCACAAACUACGUCAAAUCCUACGAUCCCAAGGAAUACCAAUUCUGCGCCCAAUUCCACAACUGCCUCCAACAAGGCUGCAAAAACGAACGCAUCCACCAAGGCGACGUCGACCUCCGCUACUGCCAAGACCACCGCUGCGUCCGGCCUGACUGCACAUCCCCCCGCGCUCCAGGCGGCAGCACCCACUGCGCCUCGCACACGUGCGCCGCGCUGGCCUGCUUCGCCGCCUGCCCAGGCGCCUCCGGCGACCCCCACGACCCCUCGCGCUUCUGCGACCGCCACCGCAUGUGCCACACCGCCGGCUGCCGGCAGUUCGCCCACGUCCGCGCCGACGGCGUGCCCUCAAAGCACUGCGGCGCCCACUACUGCCGCUGGGAGGCCGAGGGCGGCUGCGACGGGGCGCGGGACCCGAUGAACUCCAUCACCCGGUGCAGGAGAGAAGGCUGCGACGUGCGCGUCGUCGACAACACGGAGCUCUGCGCCAGCCACCUCUGCAGCUGGCGGCCCUGCCGCAACGAGCGCGCCCUCUUUGGCUCGGCGCUCUGCGCGCAGCACAAGUGCGCCGUGCCGACGUGUCCGCACCGCCGGACACACAUGAACUACGACCCCAUGUACGCGGUGCUAGGCGGUGACCGCGCCGCGGAGCUGCUCAUGUCGGCGUUCUGUAACGGCCACGCCUGCCGGCACGAGCAGUGCCCGCUGAGGGCCGAGGGCGACACGCACUUCUGCCGAAGCCACGCGCGGUGCCGGCGGCCUGGGUGCACGAGGGUCGUGGAGCUCGAGGGGGAGGAUCCGACGAUUUGUUUGGAGCAUAACCGGAUGGGGCCGCGGGGGAUGGGCAGGAGAGGGGCACUGGGCGGUGAUCCGUAUGGGAACGGGCAUGGGAACGGAUAUGGUAAUGGGGAUUAUGGGUAUGGAUGGCCUGGUGGCGGCGUUUGGGGUGUGAAUGCUGCCAUUUGA